CUUCCUCCUCCUCCCUCCUCCCCCUCCUCCUCCUCUUCCUCCCUCCUCCCUCCUCCUCCUCCCUCCUCAUCUCCUCAAUCGGGAGGAGGGAUCUCUGGCUCAGGCCUCCCUGCCUUGGCCCGAAGCCUGUAAUUACGGGCGCGGGUGGAGGCAGCGGUCGGGGCCGCGACUAGCGAUACGGGCGCCCACGCCUGGGCCCUCAGAUGCGUUCGGUCUCCCUCUGGACGCUCGGCCUGGCACUGCUGUGUCCAGCGCCGGCCGAGGAGCCGCCUGCGCCCGAGGAGGCCGGCGGUGCUGCUGGCUCGCCGCGGCCGAGCUACUACCGGGUGAACAGCGACAUAGAGACCAUUUGGCAGCGGCCCGCGGCACCGGGUGGCGUCCGGGGCAUCUUCUUCGUGGCGCACGGCUGCAUGCACCAGGGCACCGACUUCUUUGGCGACCGGGAGCCCGACGGCUGGCUCUUCGAGGCCUGCGCCCGGUCCAACUACGGCUCCUGCCUCGGGCUGCCGGAGGAGGUCCGGCUGCGGGAGGCGGCGCUCCGGCGGGGGUACCUCGUGGUCGCCGUCUCGGGCGGCAGCGGUCGGCAGAGCUGCUGGCACCCGGGCGACGAGGUCCGCGUGGCCGCGGCCCUGAGGCACGUGCGGCAGGCCGAGGGGCUGCCGGCCGACGUGCCCGUGCUCGCCAUGGGGGCCUCCUCUGGCGGGGCCUUCCUGGGCUCGCUGGCCUCGCUCGCCCCCGAGGACGGGGGCGUGCAGAACCUGCGCUGCCUCGUGCCGCAGAUCAUGGCGCUGCAGGAGCUCCCCGCCCGCAGGGUGCCGACGCUCUUCGUGCACAUGCCCCGGGACGGCAGGACCGCCGAGGCGGUGGAGGCCGAGCUCGCGGAGCUGAGGGCCGCGGGCGUGCGGGCCGCGGAGAUCCGCGUGGAGCCGCGGCCGGUGACCGUGCAGCUUCUGAGGCGGUGCUAUGCCGCCGAGGGCGCCCUGGAGGUGUUGCAGGCCUUGAGCGAGCAGGGCCUCCUCGACUCGAGAGGGUUCCUCGUCGCCGACCCAAGGGAGCGCAGUUGGGCCCACGCAGUGGAGGCCGCCCUGGGGGUGGACCCGGCCAGCCUGGAGGCAGACGAGAGUUGCCUGGCAGAGGAAUUCAACAUCGCUUGGGCGGUGCACGAGAUCACCUCCCAAUACGCAGAGGAGCAGCUGGAUUUCUGCGAGGGCUUGGCUGUGGGGUCGGGAGGAGUGUCGGAGCCAGUGGAGGCCACCGAGGCGCGCGGGAAGAAUCUGCACCGAGAUGCCGAGCCCUCGCGAUCCGGAUUUCUGGCCCCCGCAGCCACUGGAGCCCUGGGGCCAGAGUGGACCCGCGACUCCUCCAAGGAGCGGCCGGCCGGGACGGAGGGCGCGGGCAGCUACAACGUGUCCGUGUACACUCCGGAGCAGCAGGCGCGCCUGGGCGUGGACAAGUGGGGCAAGCCGGCGGCGCCGUUGCACGCCGUGCCCGCCGACCAGGCGCCAGCGGGGCCAGCGCCGGCCGCGCCCGCGGCGCCCAAGGGCACGAAGGGGGCACCCGAAGGGUCGCCGCCUGCAGCUGGCCUCCCGGACGCGCAGGUCCUCGUCUUCUCGGGCUGCAGCGGCACCAGGGUCCACGUCUACAACGUGUACAACGGCGAGCACGUGCCUGCCGUGGACCUCUCCGUCGCCGAGGCCCAGACCAAGAAGGUGAGGCCAGGCCUGUCCUCCUUCGCGGAACGGGGCGACCUGGACGGAGCGCAGCAGAGCCUGGAGCAGCUCCUGGCCUUCGCAGACCAGCUCGUGGCCCCGCACCGCCGGCCCGCGGCGCCCGCGGUGCUGAAGGCGACCGCGGGCCUGCGCAGCCUGCCCAGGGCGCAGGCGGAGGCGGUGCUGCAGCGGAUCCGAGAGGUGCUCGGGAAACGGACUACCUGUUCCAGGACAGCUGGGCAGAGAUCAGCUCCGGCAAGGAGGAAGCUGGGCUGGCAUGGGUGGCGGCCAACUACCUCCAGGGCACCUUUACGAACGUCGCCCGGGGCGCGCACUCCGUCGGCGUGGUGGAGCUCGGGGGCGCUUCGGCGCAGGUGAGCUUCGAGAUUGGCGACGUCGACGCGUCGGUUGCCGAGGAGGAUCUCUUCACGUUCAAGCUAUCCUCGGGCCUGGAGUACCGCGUCUAUGCUCACAGCUACCUCGGCUUCGGCCAGGACGCGGCGCAGCGGCAGGCUCAGGAGUUCGUGGAUAAGGAGGGGUCGCAAGAAGACCCGUGCUACCCCGUGAGCUACAGGCGAGCGGCCAGCGCGAGGACGGUGUCUGGGCGGGGCGAUGCGCAGCGCUGCCGGUCGCUCCUGCGACGUGCGCUACUGUCAGCCGAAGCUGCGCCCGGCCGGUAUCCCGGCGAGUUGGGCCUGCGCGGAGGAUUCGUUGCGAUUGAGAAUUUCUUCAACGUUCCCGACGAGCAGAAGAUUCCAGCAGCCUCGAGCGUGCUGCAGCUCGAGCAGGAAGCUGGCGAGGUCUGCGGGGCCAGCGCCGCGCCCGACUCGGAGACAGCCGCCGCCCGCGUGGCUGGUCACUGGCCAGAGGUUGGCAAGCCCAAUGCGUGCUUUGCGCUCUCCUACCAGGUCGAGCUCUUGCGCUCCCUGGGAGUGCUGCCUCCUGGCGUCUGGUUCCAGGUGGCCAGGAAUAUUGGAGGCAGCAGAGUUGAGUGGGCUCUCGGAGCAGCGCUGAUCCAAACCAUGCAGCGCACCGCACUGGUCCACAGCGAGCGCAAGCCCUUCCCGUGGCCAGCGGCGCUGGUGGCCGUUCUUGUGCUCGGCACCGUGACGCUGUUGCUGAGACCGCUGAUCUUCGGCAAGAUGGGUCCCAUGCAGAUGCAGGUAGUCACAUCGAAUGGCCCCGGCAAGCACGUCAGGCCCAGUAAGCUCGGGAGAGUUGGCGUCUCGCGCUACAGCGGCUAUGACAAGGCGGCGCCAGCCGAGUGAGGUCUCCCCGCGGGCCUUCCCAGUGAUCUUCGGGUCGGACGGAAGCAAGGGGUACAGACGGGGCGCUGAAGUCAACGCCCCGACUGGACGACAGCUGCUGCUCGGAGCUCUGGUCUCGACCCUGCCUCUGGCCGCCUGCCCUGGAUGCCACGUGGCACCCCUGGCGCGGCGGGAGGCGCCGAGGCAAAAGCGGUCGUGCGGCCUCCCCGUGCGAUCCGGCCCGAGAGCGGCAGCGGGCGCGCGGGGGAGCGGCGUCGUCAGGCGACCUGGGGGAGAGCGCGGACACACGAGCAGCACAGGUGCGGCACGGACAGCCGAGGGGGGGGACGCCGCGCGAGGGCGAUGGUGAUCCCUCGCCCUGGUUCGCUCCUGCCCUGCAGGGAGCGCGAAGCCUGGGGCUGCGAAGUCUUCCCGACAGCUCCCAGGCAGGUACCCGCUGCUGACCCUUCCGUUCGUCCGCCCUCCUCCCCGAGACCUAGGCUGCGGCCGACGUCGUGGUUCUCGAGUCCGCGU